AUGCGAUUCGCUGCUACCUUCUCUCUUCUCGCUGCCGUCGCUGCUGUGACCGUCAACGCUGCCCCCGCUGCCGAGUCUGCCCCUCUCUCCCUCUCCUCCAUUCCCGGUUCCCCCUCGGGCGCUCCCUUCGGCGCUGCUUCCGGCGUUCCCUCUGGCGGUAACUUCUCUGCCCCCUCUGGCAACUUUACCGGCGGCGGCGGCCCCAUCGACAACUCUACCGCCCCCUCCGGCGGUGACUUUGGCGCCUCUCCCUCUGGGGGCAACUUUACCGCUCCUUCUGGCGGCAACUUUACCGCUCCCUCUGGGGGCAACUUCACCGGUCCUCCCGGCGGUGGCAACUCUACCGACUUCCCUGCUCCUCCCCAGAACGGCACCGCUCCCUCCGGCGGCCCUUCUGGUGCUCCUUCGGGUACCCCCACCGAGGGCUCUAGCCUCCUCCUCGCCUCUGCUGACAAGGAGGCUUCCGCCACUGCCGCUUCCUCGGCUGUCUCUUCCGGCUCUGCUGGCGUCGUUGACGUCGACGAGUCUUCCCCCGUCUCUUCCAGUGCCUCUGCUUCCAUUACUGCUUGA